GGAGUAGCCUAAUGUAAUGUUGGUGGCGUUCAGUGCAGGCUACCUCUCGGACUGUGAACAGUCAGGUGGAAGUGCGCGUAAAAUAAAGUUCAUUCCGUUUUUAUUUAUUUAUUUUAUAUCGGACACAGUAAAGAAAAACAAUUGUGUACCCUAUUAUUUGCAAGUAACAUUUUUGGGGGUAAUUUCUCAAGAGAAAGCGCAACUUCACCAUUAUUUAAUCACCCAGCUGUGGAUACUUACCGAAAAAACGUGUUUGCAAAAGUGAAGGGACAGAUGGGUGGGAGUUGAGAGAGACAGACAGACAUCCCCCUACUCCUCCAUCUCUCCUGCCUGGACUUCUGCUCACCGCCCCCUCAGAGAUGGCAGAGGACAUGUGGGAGAACAGAACAGUCCCCAGCCCUUACCCCCACCUCCCCCUGUCUUUGCUACUAUGCAACGACACCCUCCUCAAUGACACCCUCCUCAACGACACUCUAUUCAACUGUAUCAACUCCACCAACAUUCCAGAGAUGCCAUUAGGACCCAGUGUAGCAGGGGUCCUCAUCCCACUCAUCUACAUCAUCGUCUGUGUCAUCGGCCUUGGCGGGAACAGCCUGGUCAUCCACAUUGUGCUGCACUACUCCAAGACGGAGUCUGUGACUAACAUCUACAUCCUGAACCUGGCCAUCGCUGAUGAGCUCUUCAUGCUGGGCCUGCCCUUCCUGGCUGUCCAGAACACCCUCCAGUUUUGGCCCUUUGGCUCCUUUAUGUGCCGCCUGGUCAUGACCGUGGACUCCAUCAACCAGUUCACCUCCAUCUUCUGCCUAACUGUCAUGAGCAUUGACCGCUACCUGGCAGUGGUCCAUCCCAUACGCUCCUCCAAGUGGCGGCGGCCCCAGGUGGCCAAGGUGGUCAACGGCACAGUAUGGGCCAUCUCCUUCCUGGUGGUCCUACCUGUGGUAAUCUUCGCCAACGUCCACAAGACGGGCGGCACCUGCAAUAUCUCCUGGCCUCGGCCGGCCGACAUUUGGCGGGCGGCUUUUAUCAUCUACACGUCCACAGUGGGUUUCUUCUGCCCACUCCUCAUCAUCUGCCUCUGCUACCUGCUCAUCGUCUUCAAGAUUCGCAGCUCUGGCAAGAAGGUCCAUGCCACGUCCACCAAGCGCAGGAAAUCGGAGCGCAAGGUGACGCGCAUGGUGGUGAUCGUGGUGGCCGUGUUUGUCUUCUGCUGGUUGCCCUUCUACGCCCUCAACAUCCUCAACCUGCUGGUGUCUCUGCCAUCAGAGUACCCGGGCCUCUACUACUUUGUUGUGGUAAUGGGCUACGCCAACAGCUGCGCCAACCCCAUCGUCUACGGCUUCCUGUCAGAAAACUUUAAGCGGGGCUUCCGCAAGGCCCUGUGUCGCUCCUCACGCAAGGUGGAGAGCCACGACCUGACAGAGCGCCAGCAGCAGCAGGAAGAGAGAGGGAGGGUGCUGAAGCCCCGGGAGAGCUUGAGGAGGGUCGUACGAGAUGAGGAGGAGGAAGAGGAUGAUGACGACAGGGAGGACGUCACAGAGAUGACGGAGAUCUGUAGGAUCGCCCAGAAUGGGAACGGACAUCCCGAGAGUUCCCUGGCCCUGUUAACACCCAAGGCGCCAGCUCCAGGGGCAUCUGAGCAUGUUGCAUCCCCAGAAAGGAAAGCCAAAGCUGGUGACAUUGGUGGGAAAGGCCCAAACUUGGGGCCUCCAGCAUCCCUGCAUAAUGGACACACCAAUGGGAGUGUCAAACCACUGCCAGAGGAGCCAGUGGAGAAGAACUCCUCACUGGAGAUAAGCUACCUAUAAUGUAAAAUAACUGUCUCUGAAGUCAGUUACCUGAUGGAACUUGCAUUAAUAUUUUGUGGUAUUCAAGUAAUGUCUAUUUAAAUGUACAGCGCUAUACACAUAUAGAGAAGAGAAGCACUCUG